GCCGCCGCAGCGAGGAGGCGUCGCUGUCGGCGCGCACGCCGCUGACGUCACGCUCGCUGCACUCGCUGUCGUCGCUGGCCUCGCCCUCGCCGCUGCGCCACUCGCCCACGCUGCAGCGCGACGACACCAUGUACAGCGUUACAUCUGGAGAGAGCACGCCCGUGUUAUUAGAAUGUGAGGUGUCCCGCUGCAAGUCUUCCGACAACGUAGGAGCCAAAGCGCCCACCACGCCGCCGCCAUCGCGCUCCUCAGACAACGUCAACACCAUGGGGAACGGCUGCGCGCGCACGCCGGGCAAGGCGCGGCCGUGGUCCGUGGCCGGCAACCCCGACGCCAGCGCCGCCGCCUGCACCACAGAAGGCGUGGAGGCCUGCGUGGGCGGCAGCAUCGUGGGCAUCACGCCGGGCGCGGCACUAACCAGCUCUAUGCUACGAGAUCAUCCUUUAACUCCAGAGGGAGCCGAAGCCUAAACGAGCUAUAGUCGGGAGCGUAGGACGGCGAAUGCAGUACGUGAUACGUUGAGCAGGGUUCAUCCAGAUAUUACAUUAGAACGGAUUUUAUUAUCGGAUGCUCACAAUUGUGCCAGUUAGAAUUUUAACUUUUUAGAUGGUAAAAUAGCUACCUACUGAUUAGUAUUCUGAUAUCGUAAUUGAUUCGCCAUUUAGUUAUUAUCCAUUUGAAUAAUGGUUUUCAUUACUUAUUAUAAAAUAAACGGUCAUAAUAAUAAAAUUCCAAGUAACUUAGGAUAUUAAGGUCUAUACAUACUAAUGACAUUUUUAUUUACUGUGAUUGAGUUAGUAUUAUGUAAAUGUUGUUCGUGGAAUAUUAUUUUAUUUGCAGAACCUAUGUUUGCUGAAAACUAUAAUGUGAUAUGAACUUUUAAUUACUAACUGGUUUAUUUCGCAAUGCCCGCUUCAUCAAUGUUCUUUAUGGAUUUAGUCACUAUUUAUUUAAAAACGUAAACAUCUUGUACUAUUUGUUAUUAUUGAGUUAUAUUUUUAUUAGCCUUAUCGAGCAAUGAUGAAAUGGGUGCUAAAAACUUUUGCUAUAUUUCCUCGCUCUUACAAAAUCAAUUUGACAGAAUAAUUUGAGGCGUCAACGGAUUGGUCUUACCUAGUCAUGCUUUAAAAGGCCUAUUACACGCACAAUCUAUCUCAGUUAAGUCUUUUGUGAGAAUGAAUGUAUGUAAUUCGUUUUUAAUCAAUUUUAAUGACCGAUAUCUUCCAUCCUAUACAUUCCUAAAUUGUAAAAUAUUUACCAAUAUGUGGAAAAUAAUGAAGUGUGAUUUUUAAAUGAAGUUCAAACGUAAGGUGAAAAUUAGAAUAGUACCAACUUGCAGUGAUGUGAGGUUCAAUUUUACGGUAGUUCGAUAAAAUAUGUAGAGAACGCCCCAUACAUUUUAAGUGUUCACUAGAGUAAAAUAAUAUUUGUAAAACGAUUACAUUCAUCUGUCUAUUGAAUACAUUAAGCUAUCUUUUAUUGGCGUUUCUUAUGUAAAUUAACUAAUUAUCAUAAGUAGAUGUAUAGUAUAUUGCUAAAUUAUUUCAUAGUAUUUUUAUAUUCAUUCCAUUUAGUUGGUUUUAUCUAGCUCUUUGGUACCAGACUGAUUUUACGGUACUUUUAUUUAUGGUGCAAUUUAUGUAUAGAGCGUUGUGAUAAUCGUUUAAAAUACAUGCAAUAUACAACA